AUGUUGCUCUGCAAGGAAAUUCCAUAUCUUGGUCAUUUAGUUACGAAAGAUGGGCUAAAGCCAGACCCGGAGAAAGUGGAAGCGGUGUUGAAAAUGCCAAGACCGGAAAACGUGAAAGCAGUCCGGAGAUUUUGUGGGUUUGUGAACUAUCUCUCGAAAUUUAUGCCACACCUAGCUGACGUCAUGAAGCCCCUGCAACAGCUGACACACAAGGAUGCGCAAUGGCAAUGGAACCAUGAGCACGAUGCAGCAUUUGGAAAGUUGAAACUAAUGAUUUCGAAUGCCCCAGUAUUGAAGUUUUACCACCCAGAAGAUGAGUUGACGGUGCAAUGCGAUGCCAGUGAGAGAGGCUUCAGAGAUGAGUUGUCUGUCUACGAUGGACUAGUAUUUAAAGGAGAGAGAUUAAUAAUUCCAAAGGAAUCAAAGAAACAAAUGUUGGCAGAAAUCCACAGUUCUCACAUCGGCAUCAAUGGUUGUCUUAGAAGAGCAAGAGAGUGCAUCUUCUGGCCAGGGAUGACGGCCGAGAUUAAAGCAAAAGUGGCGACAUGUGAAACAUGUCAAGAGUGUCCGAUGAAGCAGCAGCAGAAGGAAACGUUAAUGAACCAUGAGUUAGCAUACAGACCAUGGGAAAAGGUCGCAGCUGAUAUUUUCACAGUAACUGGCAAGGACUAUCUAAUUUUCGUUGACUAUUAUUCCAACUUCUGGGAAAUAAAUCGAUUACUUGAUACGAAGGCGAGCACUUGCAUAAGAAAGAUAAAGAGUCACUUCGCACGAAAUGGCAUCCCUGACGUGUUAGUUAGUGACAAUGGGCCCCAGUUCUCAGCUGAGAAGUUUGCAAAGUUUACCAAGGAAUGGGGUAUUGAGCACCGAACAAGCAGCCCUGGACAUCAACAAGCAAAUGGGAAAGCAGAAGCGGCAGUAAAGAUGGCAAAGAGUCUCAUACGUAAAGCAGAAGCAUCCAAAGGGGAUAUAUAUUUGGCGAUUUUAGCACAACGCAACACCCCGACUGAGGACAUGGAAUCUAGUCCGGCUCAACGGUUGCUCGGACGACGUUGUAAGACACUACUGCCGACCACCACCGCGUUAUUGAAACCACAAGCGCUCAGUCGGGAGAAUGUUCUGAAAGAAGGAAGAGCUAAGCAAGAAAAGCAGGCGCACUAUUAUAAUAAAAGUGCGAAAGAUCUCCCAACGUUGGAGGAAGGAGAUGUGGUACGAAUGAGACCAUUCACAAUGAACAAGAAGACUUGGGAAAAAGCAACGGUCGCCAGAAGGUUAGACGAACGGUCAUAUGAAGUAGAGACCCCAGCAAUGAAUUACCGUCGAAAUCGAGUUGAUCUUAAAAGAACGGACGAAACGUAUAUGACAGACGAUGUGAAUAAUGAAGUUCUAAAUCAAGAAAGAGAAUCGAUUGAGAAGUCUCGUCCAAACACAAGGAAUGUAAAAAAGGCGAAGGAAUCAGUUGAAGUAUCGUCAACGGAAAAGACUGGUGGAGAAGAUGUGUCAAAUGAACAAAGACAGGGAAAGGAGGUCAUGAGCAAGUCUGUAAAUCCGCGACCUCCAGUUGAAGUCAGGUCAAGGCCAAAAAGAACUACGAGAGAACCGGCAUAUCUAAAAGAUUAUGAUAGACGGUGA